AUGAGUCUUCCUGCUCCAUGGCUUGCCACUCUCGUGGAGCAAUGCCUAGGCUCCUAUGCCGACCAAGGCCAGUCUGCGCACGAUGGCAUUGAAGUGGAGGACAACGGAACGACAUUGUGCUUCAAGAGGCGUGAUAUAACGUCUGUGGCUGCUAUUUUUGAAUGGGAUAUAGGACCCUCGCAUGACGGCGCACGGUUGAUCGAUGCCGAUAACCAAGUACUCGCGAGGUUUCCUCACAGCUUGUCAGAUCCAAGCCUCUUAACACCGAAUACACACUCGAAAGAAACGAACCCUAAGAAGCAUCGAAUACAGCUACUGGACUUCGAAUUGGUCUUCACGUACUCGGCAUCUACACCCGACGUUUGGUUGAACGUUUCCCGCUUUCGCAUCAACUGGGAGGAAGGAAUAAUCAAAGGGUUGACGCCCAAAAAGAUACUGAGAAGGAAUCUGGCUGUCAAAGUGCUACUAGACAAAGCCCUCCAGAAAGCAAAAAGCAAGGGACUCGCUUCCAAGCCAACCGAGGCAAGCAACUUACCCUCGCAAACUCCUCGACCUCUUGAUCAGCAUCCUCCCCAGUCCCAAGGCCACCCUCAUCAUGACACGCAAUCACAGCAAAUGUUCUCUCAAAUCCCCUCCCGCAAUUAUGAUGUGGGGCAACGUGCUUUGGAUACGGAUCGACGGCUACUCUAUGGGGCCAAUGAGCUUCUUCAACAUCUUGAUCCAUCAUCUCGACCAAGCUCAAGGAACUCAGCAGGGUCGUCCAUGCAGGUUCAGGGGCAGACAACAAGGGCUACGAUGACUAGGGGUCCUCUUCAUGUCCUCGCUGAUGGAGAACCCUCUGCGAACGGUGUCCGGCGUUCAGCGUCUCCAGUCGAUGAUCGCUCUGGUCGAGCGGACUCAAUCUCGUCUCAGCCACGAAAUAGCACAGUGAACACCUACGAGCCCCUAGAGGUGGACACUCCUCUAUCUGAAAAAGUUCCUAAUACGCAAAGUGUCGGACAAAGAACAACAUCUCCCUUGCCGAAUCCGGACGAGCGGGCUGAUGCUCGGCUCUCUUCUAAGGUCGCCAGUCGCUCGCCUUCGCGGAAACGGCACCGGGAGAGUGUGGAACUCCAAUCGGACCUCGCCCUUGGUGAUCGUGACUCUCCUCGAUCAUCUCAAGGAGCUAACGCCAAUUCCCUGUCGAGAAAAAGACAGCGCGUCAAUGAGACCAUCCAGGAAAAGUCACCAAUGGUCUCCCCUGAUCAGCGGGUAACUGAAGUGUCGCCCUUAGAUAGGAACAAAGGAGUUGAGCAAAAUCUUAAAACUGCAAUCGAUCCCCCACGGGUUAUAAGGAACCCGUGGCAAGGGCUCGCUCAAAUCCGCGCGUGUGAUGUCAAUAUUCCUAAAGAUCAGCUCGAACUUCUUGAUGGAGACCUUUGCUGGAUCCCGCCAGCUCCGGGCAAAUCCCAACCUUGUGGACAUGUGCCGGCUCGGCUUCUCAAGCAAUGGAACAAUAUUGCUUGGCUUAGACAUGAAAUAAAUCAUGGAGACGCCAGAAAAACACCAAUUGAAGAAGAUCCCGCAACUCCCAUUUCGAGUCGACAAACCAGUCCAUCUUCUGAAGAUGAGUCUGAUGAAGAGCUUUGUUCGCAGUGGAGUACCUCCCCUCUCAGAGGUCCCCAAGACUUGCCACCAGAAAGCAGCCCAAUAAGGCAGCCGAUGCCACUACGAAGGGUUGCAACUCACAAAGGAGACAGUGAGAAAGAGACGCUUGAUAAUUCGCCCCGAACGACAGACUCAAAAGGGAACUCACAAUCUCUGGGUCAAAUUCCUGGGCCGCCCCAGAAGACGCUUGAGACAUCAACGGCUGACGUUCCUCUGCCAAAUGAACUUGAAAAAUCGAGGUCAGGUAAUCCAAUGAUCUCAGGUGAAGACAUUGUGAAAGAUCCAGAACCUUCUGGCGACGGGGAGACAUACCGCUCCCCAGCUUGUUCGAGUGUCGACCCCCUAAAUUCUACUACGCUGAUCUCCGAGGAAGACGAGGCAACAGACUCGGAGAACUCAGAAUCUGCUGCCGAAAACUCUGAGGAUGAGGAUCAAUCCGAUGAUGCAAGUGACGAAGAGUCAGUGAUGGAAAACUCGGUACCUUAUGCACUCGGUGAAAGCUUGCCGCCUACACAAUCCAGUCAGGUCGAGCAAGAACUCAUAGGCUAUACUCAACCUCUUUCUCAGGUCACCAGAGAUCAUGUUCAAGUCGCCGUGACUCCUUCGGCGGUAGACAAUCGGCCACAAGGGAAUCUAGGUAACAAUCCAAAGAACUCUUCGCAGCCACAGUUCUCCUCUCAGAGCAACAAAAAUUCUUCGCAAUCUCGAGUCCCAAACACAUAUCCUUAUCUGGGAAGCUUUGAGAAGAGUCUGUCAUCUGAUGACCCAACGACGUCAUCCUCGCUUCGUUCGGCACUUGAUGCGUCUCGAGCGGAAGUUGCUGUGCCUCAGACUCAGACCAGCGGCAUAAACUCCCAAUCACAAGACACAUAUGAUCCGUCACCGCAUGAAGUGGUGUUUGAGUCUUCGGAGCCAAGCCAACAACACCUCGAAGUUCCUUCCCUGAAUUCAAACCCUUCUGCGGAACUGUUGAUGAGCUCUGUCGACUCGACUUCUUCACAGCGUCACGAUCAAACACAUGAGCCCAUGACCCAGCUUUCUUUCAAUGAAUCAAUAAGUCCGCCGCAAAUGUCUUCAAUCAGACAGUUCAAUUCAUCAGCUGCCAGCCCAUAUGAGUCUCCGAUCAAAAGUCCACCAGCAAUUAUGGAAGAGGUACAACAAGAUCCUUGCGAACAAGACAUUCAAGCCACCCUCGCCACGCAGAGUGCUGAACUAGUUGCUCGGCGGUCGGGCUUCAUCGGUGACUUACAAAGGUCAGUCGAAGCGCAGGAAGUAUACAAAAAGUUCUGCAACGACUACCCUGGCUACACCGGUGAUUACGGCCAUUUCACUGAGCUUUGCUCAAAACUACAGGCUGUUCGAGCCCAAGGCUUGCUACUCCGGUCUAACCUGUGGGAUGAUUUCAUUAUCAUGCACAUUCAGCAGUACCCUUCCUAUCUGGACAGCUACACAACCCAGCAGUCUACCCAGCCACAGAACUAUGAGAAUUAUUUCAUGUCGAAUGUCUCUAAAUCAGAGAAUAGGAAACGCAGUCUGUCGGGUUACACUAUUGAAGUUGUUGCAUCCCAGUUCGCCCGACCUGAGGCGACACCUACCCAGGCUAGCACCCAGGUGGAUCCUCCCCUCUCUCAAACUUCUCGAGAAGAAGACAUGAACACCUCACUCGCAGCAAGCUUUGUGGACAGGUUUUCCCACUUUCACGCCCACUCUUUCGAAGAGCCUGUCAGAAACGGUCUUCCUGUGUUCCAAUCCGGUCUCCCUGCGUUAGAUGGUCAUGCGACAUCUUCCAUGGAUACGGGCUCGUCAUCAAUACUCAUCAAGCUCGAAGGCUCCGAAUUGGAUCCAAAUGAGGCCCUAUGUACUCAAAUAGCACCCAUGAGUUCGUUCAACGAUACUUCCGCUCCCUACAACCCCCAACCAGGUACUACCGAGGGUCAACCCACGGACAGUCAGAGCAUCACGAAGAGCCAGAACAUCGCGAACAGCCAGAGAAUCAACGUCCAAGACGAACAGGAUGAUGUUAGUAUGGCCGAGGUUGAAGAAACGGACGAUGAGGAGGAGCUCGACGCCGACGACACCCGUCACGAGACUGCCAGUGUUGAGCUCGGUGACGACACCUUUAUCUCGGCGGCCCCUCAAUCACACGCAGAUGAAGUUGCUGAAACGCAGCCGGAAUGCGAAGACGAGGAUGAAGGAGAGAAUUGGUUCGUCUCGCUGCGGCACAUGCGGUCCAGAGAUAAGCCCGUCUGGUCCGACGACCCCAAAACCCCAUUCAAAAUCUGGGCCGAGGCCGAUCAGAAUGUGCUGAGCGAGCGACGGCGUCGCGGGGGAGCUAAGAUCCUUCUGGACGAGAACGGUGUUAUUCGCCGGCCAACUCGUCGUUGA